AAUUACUUAGGCAACCAACAGUGCGCGGCACAAUUUUGCUGACUGACUAUACUAGCCGUCUAAAUUUCGGUUACUUGUCAUUUGUCACUUCUAAAUCUGACAUUUACAUUUUACAAAAAACUCGAAUCAUUUACUUCGCUUUGCCAUGGAGCCCAUGACCCUCGGCAGCGCCCCAUCCAGCCCCUCCUCCCCCAGCGUCAACCCCAACUUCCUCCCAGCUUUCCUCAUGGGGGACACCUCCCAGCCGUCCACUCCAACCCCCAACACAUCCCCUGGCCGCAACCGCAACCCAGCGCGCAAGCUGGGGGCCACCAGCACUCCAGACCCGCGUUCAUACCCCAAACUCUUCAACCAAACGCUCGACAGCCCCAAGCCCUUCGCGCCGCACAAACCCGGGCCCCCCAGUCAGGGCCUCUUUGACACAAUCGAGCAAAAACGCAAGCCCACGAGCCCCGUGAUGCAAUCAACGGCCAUCGGGGACACUUUCAGGGAUAGUUUCAAUUACAGUCGGAAUUUGAACGAAACGACGAAUUUAAGUCGCGUGGAUAAGAUAGACACCCACUGGGUGACCGUGUUUGGGUUUCCCCCGAGCGCUCUGAGCCUGGUGUUGGCUCAGUUGAGCAACUGUGGGGUUAUAGUGGAAAAGAAGGUGCCAGCGCAGGGGAACUGGUUGCACGUUAAGUUUAACAACCUGUGUGAUGUGCCCCGGGCUUUGGCUCUCAACGGUAGAUGUAUAAAUAAUAAUAUUAUGAUCGGGGUUAGUUUACAUUAUAAUAAGGAGAAUAAGGAAAAUGAGAAUGUUUUUACGUCGCCGGUUAGAGCUAGGAGUCUGAGACACUCGUAUAUAAGUCCAAGUAGUAAUAAUUCAGUCUUGCCACCUCAAAAUGUCCCCCAGAAGUCCACUGGUUUAGUGUCGAAAGCCAUUGAAUAUGUUUUUGGUUGGUGAUUUUUAGUUGUUAUUUAUUAUUGUACUAAGCUUCCUUGAUUAAUUCACCAAGGUAGUCGCCUUGACUUAAUCAACGAAGUUGUAAUUUGAUGUAUGUAUUUUUUUUUUAAAGAAACUACUUUAUCAAUUGA